AGUUCUCUAGAAACAGCUGAGAAAAGGCUUGUUCUCAUUACAGGGUAAAAGGAAGAUCGCGGAUCGUUUUCUUUUGUGUGAACUCACCGAGUUUACUGGAAACCUUAUCAAUGGUUCAGUUAAUGGUUUCUACUCAAAAAGUAAAGCUAGAGGGUCAGGAUUUCCUUGAGGAUCAACUCGGUCCACUUCCCAAGCGAUCCAAGCUCCACUCACCUAUCCAGCAACUGAAUGUAGAAAGAGGGGAAUUCGUCAUUCCGCCUUCGCUGUACAACCCGCUUGAUGAGCCUAGUCCCCUGGGAUUGCGUUUGAAGAAAACCCCAUCGUUUUUGGAUUUGAUCCAGAUGAAACUCUCUCAAAAAGAUGCUACUAAAUUAACCAAUGGAGGAAAGAAGAAGGAUGUUUCAGGAGGGACAGAUAAACUGAAGGCUUCUAAUUUCCCAGCUAAAGCCCUGAAGAUUGGUACCUGGGAGUAUAAAUCGAGAUAUGAGGGAGAUUUGGUGGCGAAAUGUUACUUUGCAAAGCAUAAGAUUGUCUGGGAAAUGCUGGAUGGUAGUCUAAAGAACAAGAUUGAAAUUCAAUGGUCAGAUAUUGUGGGUCUCAACGCAAACUACCCAGACGAUGAACCAGGGACAUUGAAUAUAACGUUGGCCAGGCAACCCCUUUUCUUUAGGGAGACAAAUCCACAACCAAGGAAGCAUACCCUGUGGCAAGCAACAUCUGAUUUUACUGGCGGACAAGCCAGCAUAAACAGGCAACAUUUUCUACAGUGUUCACCGGGCUUGUUAGGCAAGCAUUUCGAAAAGCUCAUUCAAUGUGAUCCUCGUCUCAAUUUCCUGAGUCAACAACCAGAAAUUUUGUUGAAGUCCCCAUAUUUUGAACCUGGAAUUUUAGCACUGGAUGGCUCACAUGAAUCCUGCCAGGAGGCUAAUUUAGAGAGUGAAGAUCGAGCUACCGUCUUUGAAUUGCAGGAUGUUCUAUCCUUAUCGCUAUCAGUACCUCAGUCAUCUUCCCCAAAAGCUGAAAGUGCUUUUGGUGGUAGAGCUUGUGAAAUAUUUCGCCAAGCGACCCCUUCACCUAGUUCAGUAAUGGAUACUAGUGCAAUUGAAGAAAUCAGGAGCAGUGGUCUCAAGGAACCAGAUUGGAAUGGGAUUAAAGUUCCUGGACUUCCUCCAUCAGUUUCAAUGAAUGAUCUAAUGAGCCAUAUUGGACAAUGCAUUUCCGAGCAAAUGGCCUUGGCUAAUCCUAAUGCAUUAUCCGGUAAGAACGUAAAACCCAAAGACCUUAUUGGUGAGGUUGCUCAGUACUUGUUUAGUGACUCCCAACUUACAUCAGCCUCGGAUGAGCGGCUUAUGUCAAGAGUGAAUUCCCUUUGCUGCCUUCUCCACAAGGAUUCGGCCAUCGAAAAUGGGUUGCAAGGCGAUGAUGAUAGCAACUCAAAAUUGGUUGAAACCAACACUCUCUCCCUCUCAAAGAAUUUCCCAGAAGAUGAUGGUAACUCCAGUAUGGCUUUCAGCCAGAAGCAGUCGGCAGCAAUUUUGAGGAAGGACUCAGUUGGAGAGCUUCUUCUUAAUCUUCCGAGGAUAGCAUCACUCCCGCAGUUUUUGUACGGCGUCUCAGAACAACCAAGCUAGAAAAGCAGUAGCAUCAAAAGGAUAGAGUAGUCACACAUGAGCAGGCUGUUUGCACAGCUUUUAUACAACUUGGGGAUUCAGAAAUUUAUAUUGAUGAAGAAUCCUGACAAUAAGGGAUUAUUUUACUUAAAGUUCAGCAUCAGUGCUGCUCUGUUACUAUUUUGUUAUGUAAAUAUUAUAUCUCUCAGCAUUUCAUACUC